AUGGAAGAAAUUGGACAAGGCUCACUGGAUGACAGAUCCCAAACUAAGGAAAUUCUGAGAUUGGAGCAGGCCAAAAAGAAUCUUGACAACCUGAACUUUGAUCUUGAAAAGGAUAUGCUGAACUUAGAUGAGGCAAAUCAAGCCCUUCUUGUGCAAAUCCGAGAGAAAGAACUACAGAUUCAAAGUCUAGAAAAAGAGAUCACCAAGUCAAUAGACCUAGCCGGGGAAAGAGAUGAAUUUAACUACACAGUAUAUGAGAGGGAGGAAGCACUGAAAAACCUGGAACUUGAGACCGCAAAAUUGGAAAAGAGUAAUGAGAUACUGGCUAAGAAUGUGAAUGAGCUGCGGAUGAAGCUUUCCAGGAAACCACCAGAGAACCUGAAAGAAGAUGAAAAAGAACACCUAAAACAGAUGUUGGAGGAAUCAAAGGCGAAAUUACAAAAGGCCACUGCCUUCUGUGAAGAACAGGAAAAGGAACUAGCUAAGGUAACAUCUGAAUGGCAAUCUAUGGACCAACUCUGUAAAGAUCAGGCUUACUACAUAAAGAAAUACCAGGAAAUCCUGAGGUUGAUGGAGGAAGAUAGGGAGAUGCUGCUCCUUGAAACAGAAGUAAUCAAAGUCCAGAGCAUAUACAGUCAGUCCGGUCUGAAUCUGGAAGACAACUUGUUUAGAAAAUGGCAAAGACAUUUUUGGUUCAGGAUUGUCCAGUUUGUCUUCUUGAUGAUCCUGUUCCUCACCAGGAUGCUGAGCUUCGGGUUUUUGUAUCUUCAUUUUAUCAAUCCAGAUUUUGUCCUGGACAAUCUGCCCAAGAUUGUGGACAGAGACACCUUGUGGAGGGUGAGGGACUUUCUACUUCCAUCUCUCAAUCUCCAGGCCGAUGACUUUUUGCCACACUAG